AUGUCUGGCGGGCUGGCGACCGCAUGCGGGUAUACAGAACUAGCGUCUACGGAUGCUAGCUGGCAAUACAUGCGCCAGUCCGUGCGCAUCAGAAGUAGAGUACGAAAGAUCCAGCAGAGAGAGCAAAGGAGACUGCUGAGUGGUGAGUGGUGA